UGACUCGGACUCUGACUGCUCUGGACAUCGUUUAUUCCACUUCCAGCCCACCGCAACCCUCACCGGCGUCGAAGCCACCCUUCAGUCUUACACCAUAGCAGCACAGUCGGGUAUUACACCGACAUCGUGUCAGGAUGGUGUUGCAAGACCUCGGCCGCCGCAUCAACGCCGCGGUCAACGAUAUCACCCGCGCCCCGACGCUCGAUGAGAAAGCCUUCGAUGGCAUGAUCAAGGAGAUCUCCACCGCCCUCGUCGAAGCUGAUGUCAACGUGAAACUGGUCUCCAAUCUCCGCAAGACCAUCAAGUCUGCAGUCAAGUUUAACGAGCUACCUGCGCACGCGAACAAGAAGCGCAUUAUUCAGAAAGCUGUCUUCGAUGCGCUGGUCGACAUUGUCAACCCACAUGGCAAACCUUACGAGCCAAAGAAAGGCAAGAGCAAUGUUAUCAUGUUCGUCGGUCUCCAAGGUGCGGGUAAAACGACUACAUGUACGAAAUUGGCACGCUGGUACCAGGCGAGAGGGUUCAAGACGUGCUUGGUUUGCGCCGAUACAUUCCGUGCUGGUGCUUUUGACCAGCUGAAGCAGAAUGCUACCAAGGCCAAGAUCCCAUACUAUGGCUCCCUCACUCAGACCGACCCUGUCGUCGUGGCGAGGGAUGGUGUGGAGAAGUUCAAGAAGGAGAAAUUCGAGAUCAUCAUCGUGGACACUUCGGGUAGACAUCACCAGGAAGAUGCGCUCUUCGCUGAGAUGGUGGAGAUUCAGCAAGCUGUCACGCCGAACCAGACCAUCAUGGUCCUCGAUGCUUCAAUCGGUCAAGCAGCUGAGGCACAGUCACGAGCGUUCAAGGAGACUGCCGACUUCGGGUCUAUCAUCAUCACGAAAACCGAUGGUGCCGCGGCAGGUGGUGGUGCCAUUUCUGCUGUGGCGGCGACUCAUACACCCAUUGUCUAUAUUGGUACGGGUGAGCACCUUUUGGAUCUCGAGAAGUUCAAUCCUCAAUCCUUCGUCUCGAAGUUGCUCGGCAUGGGUGACAUGCAGGGCCUGGUCGAGCAUGUGCAGAGUCUCAAGCUUGAUCAAAAGGAGACCAUGAAGAACAUCACUGAAGGUCGCUUCACUGUUCGCGAUCUUCGAGAUCAGAUUCAGAACAUCUCCAAGAUGGGACCCCUGAGCAAGAUGGCAGGCAUGAUCCCUGGUCUGUCCGGCAUGAUGGGAGGUAUGGACGAUGCAGAGGGCGGUGACAAGCUCAAGCGCAUGAUCAUCAUCUGCGAUUCCAUGACACAAAAGGAGCUCGAUUCGGAUGGCAAGAUCUUCGUCGAUCAGCCAUCGCGAAUUACCAGAGUCGCUCGUGGCUCAGGCUCUUCUGUUCGCGAGGUUGAGGAGCUGCUCUCGCAACAGAAGAUGAUGGCAGGCAUGGCGAAGAAGAUGAAGGGCGGUAUGGCCAACAUGCAAAAAGCACAGGGUGCUAUGGGUGGUGCCAAUCAAAAAUCUCAAAUGGCGGCUAUGCAGAAGAGAAUGCAGGCUAUGGGUGGUGCAGGUCGUGGUGGAGGCAUGCCAGAUAUGAAUUCUCUCAUGAAGAUGAUGGGAGGAGGUGGAGGUGGCGGUAUGCCCGACCUGUCUGGAAUGGACAUGAGUAGCAUGAUGUCCAUGAUGGGUAAUAUGAUGGGAGGCGGCGGAGCUGGCCGUGGCCGUGGUCGUUGAAUACCUCACCACUUUUGACGACAGCUCGAUCAUCAAGGACGACCCCUAUGCACUUAAUUGGAUACUCCACAAUACCGACGUCUUGACUAUUCAUUUUGGAAAGUUGAGCAGCGAUCACAUCUUUAUAGAGCUACACCGGCUUCAGCAACUCGGCAGUCAUCUGCACCCCAAGAUUGUCCAGUGCAC